CCCGAAGUGUAAACAAAAAUGAACAGUUUGCCUGACGUUUGAGAGUCGCAUAGAUAUAAUUUUGUCUGUCCCAUGGCUGUGAUAUUUUUAUGAAUAUGGCUUCAGUUAAAGUAGCAGUGCGUGUCCGACCCUUCAAUAAAAGGGAAUAUGACUUGAAUUCUGUAUGUAUUGUGGAAGUUGAAGACAAGAAAACAAAGCUUAUCAAUCAUAAGGUAAACACGAAUGAAAGUGGAGAGAGUCGGGAGCGCAUUAAGGAAUUUACGUUUGAUUACUCCUAUUGGUCUCACAAAGACUCCGAUAAACAUUUUGCUCCACAGGAGCAAAUAUAUGAAGAAUUAGGGACAGAUGUUGUAUCAAAUGCUCUCCAAGGAUAUAAUGCCUGUGUCUUCGCUUAUGGUCAAACAGGAAGUGGCAAAACCUUCACAAUGAUGGGCUCCCAGGCCAAUCCAGGGCUGAUUCCCAGAAUAUGUGAAGCUCUGUUUUCAUCAAUGGCUGAAGGCAGAGAAGCUGGAACUACUUACAAAGUUGAAGUAAGUUACCUAGAAAUCUACAAUGAACGUGUGAAAGACUUGCUGAGACAAGGUGCCCAAAACACCACGCACUCUCUUCGUGUUAGAGAGCACCCUAAACUUGGCCCCUAUGUUGAAGAUCUCUCCUGCCAUCUAGUCCACCAGUAUCAUGAUAUUCAGGAAUUGAUGAGAAGAGGGAACUCGCAUCGUACAACUGCAAGCACCCACAUGAAUGACACAAGCUCAAGAAGUCAUGCUAUUUUUACUGUAACCUUCAUUCAGGCUAAACUAUUGUCAGACACUCCAUUAGAAACUCGGUCUAAAAUUCACCUUGUUGAUUUAGCUGGCAGUGAAAGAGCAGAUGCAACAGGAGCAACUGGGCAGAGGCUUAAAGAAGGUGCUCACAUUAAUAAGUCACUGGUGACUCUAGGCUCAGUCAUCAGUGCUUUGGCUGAGCAGGCAGCAAAGGCCACCACAGGAAAAAGUGUCUUCAUUCCCUACCGUGAUUCAGUCCUUACCUGGUUGUUGAAAGAUUCCCUUGGUGGCAAUUCAAAAACUAUUAUGAUUGCAAGCAAACAGUGAAACAGGGAGCAUAAUGGCAGCUCUCAGCCAGAAACAAGCUAAGGAGAAAGAACUAACAGAUCAAUGGAACGAAAGAUGGAGCGAGACGCACACAAUACUUCAGGAGCAGAAAACUCUUGGCCUUAGAAAAGCUGGACAAGGUGUUGUUUUGGACUCUGAACAACCACAUCUCGUACUGAUAGAUGACAACCUACUAACUACUGGUGUUACUCUUUAUCACCUUAAUGAUGGUAUCACAACAAUUGGUUCUCUUGCCUCACAAGAUAUUAGGCUGGAGGGCGGAGAAGUAUUAGAAGAGCACUGUACAAUUGAGCUACACGAUGGUGCGGCAACACUCGAAUCUAAGCAUGAUGCCCAGUGUUGGGUUAAUUCUCAGCUGGUUGACAAACCAAGUAAACUUACACAAGGUUGUGUAGUUGUGCUAGGAGGGAGCCAUAUGUUUCGUUAUAACGACCCCCAAGAAGCAGCUAGGUUAAGAAAAGAAGGAAAUAAAACACAUCUUAAUCUUUCGCGACUCUCCUUCUUGUCCAGAUCAGCUACAGAUCUUGUUAGAUCAUGCGACAACCUUUCUGGGAUGGACAGUGAUCUUGAGAAGACCCACUCGGAUAGUAGCAGCAGUUCGCGGAUGAUUAAGAUGUCAAGGCUAGCAGAAACCACAGAUCAUUGUGAAAUUUCAACUCAAACAAGUCUCCAUACACAUAGUCAACCCACCACUCCUGUUGGCAGCCUUCCUGAAGACUGUAUUAUUGCUAAUCCUGCUCUUAGAAAAUCUAGCUUAAUGCUUCCACUGAUGGGAGAGAAAGAAGAUUCAGUUGUAACUUCCAAUUCAAUCAACUCAACUCCUGCAUCAGAUACUUUUUAUACAGCUACUUCUGUUCUUUCCCCUGACCCUUAUGACCUGACAUCACCCUUGUCUCCACUACCUCUUGAUGCACCUCACUCAGGAACUGAAAUGGAUAAAGAGGAGUCAAACAAGGGUGCUCUUGGUGCCUUUGUUGGUGAUAGAAGUGACUUCGUUUCUAAAGUGCCUAAAGAAAAAGAUGCAAAAGAACAUGAUAUAUCACAGUUUGAGAAAGAUGAUGAAAUGUGUGCGUCUGUGUAUAGAUCUCCUAAUGUCAGUGAUACUGAAAAUGUGUCAAAAAUAUUUCCACCUAAUGAUAAGGAUGUUAGUGAUAUAGAUGAAAAGUGUUUACCAGCUGUAAAUGAUACCGAGUUAAAAGGUACAUGUAAUAUUAUUGACAGUGGUGCUUUUCUCACGUCUCCCAUCCUUCAAGUUGAUGGCCGUUCAGAAUUACAGGGAUCUCCUGCUAUAGGCUUAGAAGCGACAUCUACACCUAUUAAAGCUGGAAGUACUCGAGGGCUUGGAAAGGGUUUUGGAAAUAAAUGCAGCCAGUUAUACGAUAAAGAUAAAAAAGAAAAUUCAAGUUCUUUUUUGUACAAUGUAAAUGGGAUUGAGUUUUCUGAAUUAAACAGUGUAUCAUUGAACAGAGAUUCCGGUAACCCUAAUUUAUUUGAAUCUAAGUUAGAUAAUGGCAACACAAAAUCAAAUAACAAUAAUGGUUCUUCGGGAAAUGGAAACAUGGAAGUAAAUCAAUCUCAAGAACUGGAGCCUGAGAAAAAAUACGUUGAUAGAACUUUAUUAACUAGUGCAGAAGACAGUGAUAUACCGAGUGAUGGAACCAAAAAAUCCCCAGCUUGGUACUCUGAGUUGGACGGAAAUGAAGGAAGUGCACUAAUAUCUACAGAUACUGAAGCUGCGAAAGCAGCAGAGGUGCUUUUAAGACUGAGGGAAAGCAGUGAUAAUUCCAAUAUCAGCAUCAAUGAGAAGAUUCGUGAGCUUGAAGCUUUAAAACAUCAUUAUUGCAAUUUAGAGGACCAACUAAUACAUCAACCAUCUGUUACAAGACUGGAUUCACAGGGCUGCACAGCAAUUACUCAAGAAUUAAAAGACGAGGAGAAUGAGCUAAAAGAUGAGGAGAAUGAGCUGAAAGCUGAGAGACCAGCACAUCUUCCCUUAGAUUCGACUCUUCUGCAAGAGGACAGAUUAGCUCUGCUUAUUGAGCGAGAAGUUCAGAGACGUGUUCUUGAAGAAGUUGUUGCCCGAGAAAGUGCAACUUUGAGUGCAAGGUCACCUUUCCGAAGAACAUACCGUUCCAUGAGCGCCUCAUUGGAUCCUUGGAGUUUAGGAGUGAGGGUCUUAUCUCCAUCAGAACUGAGGCCAUACACUUCAAUGAGUGCUGGCUAUGAUAUGGAAGGUGAAAUUGGGAAUCGUCUUUAUCAGAGUGCAACAUCUGCAGAUGAUCUACUACUCACACCUGCUCCCAUACAAUCUCCAUUAACUGGUGACUACGACAUGUCGUGUGGAAUCUGUAUCAGCAUACCAGGCUACGAGAUGAGAGGUGCUGGCUCAUCUUCACACUGGGAGUAUGAGGUAAAAAUUUCUGCUGGAAAUGAUUCUUGGACAGUUUUUAGAAGAUAUCGAAGAUUCAGGGAACUCCAUAUGUACAUGUGUCAUAAAUAUGGGCAACCUGUUGAAGAACUAUACUUUCCACCCCGACGACUCUUUGGUAACUUCACAGAGAGGGUAGUGGCUGAGCGUAGGAUUCAGCUUGAGGUAUACCUUCAACAACUUAUUGUUCUCUGUAGUGAAUUAGAAGGCUCUCCACUAUGUGGCGCUUCUCCAUCCCGUACCACUCUGGCGUACUUCUCUCCCUUCUUCCAGCGAGGAGUUUUUGAAGCCUCUAGACAUAAUACAAGCUAGAUUUGGAGCAACAAUGAUGUUGGUGAUGUCAAAAGUUAUUGCUAAUUUUUCCAUUGUCACAUGUAAGAAAAUAUUGUAUGAGCAGGGAGGGUUGAGCUGUGUAUUUUAGACUGAAGAUUAGUUAAUGUGUAUAAUCUGUAUCCAUAAAAACUGAUAUGAAUACGAAUUUAUUUCUAUUACCAUAGAAUCAGUAUGAAAAUUCAAAGUAAUAAAUCUAUAUAAAUGUACUGUAAAAAUUAUCGUAGCAACUUUUUUUUUCAGAUUUAUAUACUGUAUAAAAAAUUGACUAGAUAUUAAGAAGUGCAAUGUUGAUUGCCAUUGCACAUAAGAAAAUAUCAAUAAAGUAUGAUUAUUGAGUAUGAUAAUCAUACUUUAUGUAAAGUAUGAUGUUAUUGAGGCAGCAAUAUUUAUGCACAAAAACAUUAAUCAAAAAUAUUCAAAAGUAUAAUAGCCAUUUUCUGUACAUUUGUAGUUUCAUUAUGACAGUUUGAACUUGAGAGAGAGCUUGUUUAGCCACUCCCUGUGAAAUGUAGCACUCACUUCAUGGUUUUCCAUUAAUUUAUUAUUUGUAUUAAAUAUCUUCAUAAUUUCUUAAAUUUAAAUGAAAUAACUACCCUCUAAUCAUGUUAGCUAAGAUAAUUUUUUAUUAUAAAUAUAUAUUAUACAUAUAUUGUAUAAAUAUAUAUAUUACAUAAAUAUAUAUAUUAUAUAUAUUGUAUAAAUAUUUUUUUUUUUAAAUAAAGGAAGGGAGUACCCCCCUCUGGCUGGAAGAAGGGGACUCUUACCCUCGGAGGAAACCACUCAUAAUGCAUUGGAGCGAAUGUUUAGGUCCCCUCCAACACAGUUUUCUCCUACCACCUUCUUUUUCUGUGUCUAGCUAUAUAUAUAUAUAUAUAUGUAUGUGUAUGUGUAUGUGUUGAAUAUGACCGAAAAGGU